GAUGUACAAAGAUUGUCCAAAGUUCCGGUUCCCGUCGGAUGCAGGUGCUCCUCCGCUGUGAUAAGGUAUCUGUAGUGACCGGACCACCAUGGACCUUGCAACUGCUCUCUUGCCUCCUGCUGGUUGCAAGUGCAUCGACCUUCAACAUCCAAGCCGACAGCGCCCUUGUGAUCAAAGGAGAAGCUGGGUCCAAGUUUGGCUUCGAAGUCGCUUUCUGGACGCAACAGAUGGAGAACAAGUUGGUUAUCGGGGCACCUGAUGACCUCGAAGGCAAAGGUCGAGUCUUCAUCUACCAGCAAGAGGGAUGUUUAGCAAAGAGGUUGAGGAACAUUACUUUUAUUCCACAGCUUGGAGAUCCUGAAUCGGUGGACAUGAAAUAUGGCGUCGGGUUUGGGACCAAGAUUGCAGCGGGUGUGACAGAUAGCGGCCCUCUCUUGAUUUGUGCACCUCGAGCUUCUUUCGUUUACAAGCGAGGAACAGCAGAGUCUCGCGUGCCUUUAGGAAAGUGCUUGCUGAUCCAUGCCAACGACUUCAAAGACGAGCACGUCUGUCCUAAGAGUGCUUUUGAAGAGCUUUCAGAUGCUAUUCAGUACUGUGGUUUCAGCGCUGUGUUUGGAAAGAAUGAUUCAGCUGUUUACCUCGGGUGCCCCAGUAUUAUCAAGGAAAAUCUAAGUUACAUGCUUGAGUACCACUUGCAUCGGCGGGCGUGGGCGAAGAAGAACUUGACGGAGGCGUGUGAGAGGUGUACCCAGGGCGGCUGGGGACUCGCGGAGGGCACUUGGCUGUCGAAGGGGAAAAGCGGACUGGUAGCUGCCUGUGGUAACUUCGGAAAAAUCGUUCGCCUCGACGAAGAAAUGAACCUCGAAAUGGAGCUUCAAGAACGAGCCACCUCUCGCCUCGGGGAGAUGGCCGGUUCCUCCCUCACCGCCUGCGACGUGAAUGGCGACGGGCAGGAUGAGGUGGUGGUGGCAGCUCCCUUCGGCCGAGUCCUAGACACCCUCGGGGGCUACAAGGAAGUGGGCAGGGUCACCGUCUUUGGAUUAAAGAAUUACAACAUCACACUCCACGGCCGGUCUGCAUUUGGUAGAUUCGGUAGCAGCGUCGCCUGUUUGGGAGAUAUCAACAAUGACUCCUUCAGCGACCUGGGCGUCGGCGCGUCCGAACACCCCGGCGGCGGCGCAGUCUUCAUCUUCCUUGGCUCGUCCGAAGGCCUUGUUCGUUCUCCAUCUCAGAUCCUUUACGCCCCUCCGAAUGUCACCGGCUUUGGCUUCAGCUUAGCCGGGGGUCGGGACAUCGAUGGGAACGGAUAUCCGGACGUGCUGGUCGGGGCGCCGCUGUCCGAUUCCGCUGUCACGUUUAAAGCCGCCCCGGUGCCCAAGCUGCGCGUGGAGACCUUUCGCUUCGACCCGCCCACCGUCGACCUCCGUCAGAAGGACUGCGACGUCUUCGGCGAGAGAAAAAACUGCUUCCGUCUCCUGCUGGAGGUUCGCCAAGAAGGAAGACCUCGAGAUAGUGGCUUCAAGUUACGUGUGAAGAUUGAUCUUGAUUCGGGCAAAAGAAAACGGAUUUUCUUCAAUGACACUGGAUCUCCCUUUGCCGAUUUCUUUCUCGAAUCGAGGCCUGGAACGCAAAUGCAUGAGUUUGGUGUCUAUGCUGAGAACUUAGCAAAAGAGAAGGACGCUAUACCAGGGCCCGUUGCCAAGGUGAACAUAUCGCUGGCACCUCUCAGCCCCGUAUCAAAAGGAGGUAUCACACCCGUAAUUCAAAAGCCUAUUACAAACAACGCUUCACUGAGUCUCCAGUGUGGUAAUGAUACGAGUAACUGCGUCGCUGUUACUGAUAUUGCCCUUUCUACUGAUGUGGGAGAAGUCAACUUCACAGUCGGCGAGGAAUACGUCCACGUCGAAUUCAACAUAACAGUGAAAGGAGACAUUGCCUACUACCCUUACAUUAACGUAAUGGAAACACUGGGUAUCAAAGUGCAAAUGGGGAGGUCUUAUAACACGCCGAUUUCGCUGGACUGCUACAGGGGACACCGCUGUAGCUUCACCACGACGAGGAUUAGGCCGGGAAAUGAGAGGAUGAUACUGAGGUUUCGACAGGACGUGCAACAACUCCUAAAUUUCAUGAACCAGAGCUCGAGUGAGCCUCUUAACAUUACCUGCGAGAUGACGGUCCAGUGCGUCAACGACAAGAAUACUUCCAAUGAUUUUUUGACCUUCAAGAUGUUCCCGCAGCUACGUCCUGCUCUGUCCCUGGUUGGUGAGAGUGACGUUGAAUCCAUAAGCAUCAAAGCAGUGGACGAAAAAACAGAGGCCAGAGAGGAGAAAAACACAAUAAGUUUCAUUAAUGGCUACAGCACAGUAACACAUACGUACACAUUGAGGAACGUCGGCCUCUUUUCGAUCCAGGAAAUUGCUAUAAACUGUUCAAGCAAGAUCAUCGGAAUACAGGGCACCAACCCGGCACAGUACUUCCUUUCCUUCGAUGAUCCGACUGUCAUGCCUGGUGAAAACAGGACCUACUGUGAAUCCCCAUGCAGUUAUCAAGUAUUCGGUUUGCCCGCUGAAAAGAAAAUGGAGAUCAUCUUAAAAUUUGAAAGCAAGAAAUAUAACCUACAGCACGGAAUGAACCUGACCUCCACCUGCCAAGCCGAGAUCAUCUCACCCUCUGGAGCCUCCGUAGCGAGCGAUAUCAGUGACUUACACCAAACUGUGACCUUGGUAACUAAUGCCAUCCCCACAGUGAGCGAGAGCAACGCAGGUCCUGCAGCCUGGAUCAUCGUUUUAGCUGUGCUGGGAGGCUGUUUACUCCUGACGCUACAGGUGCUGGUGCUGUACAAGCUUGGGUUCUUCAAGCGAAAGUUGCCGCCAGCGCCACCACAAAACCCCGAACCCAAACCAGGAACCGAGAGCGAAGUACAGCAAAUAUCAUAGAAAGGCAAGAAACAAAACUCUAGUUACGGACGUCAAAUUGCACGGGAACGUGUAACAGUUGUUUCUGUCCUCUAAGCUCUCUAAACUGCUCUUGCAAACGUCUAACAAUUCCUUUUAUCUUCUUUCAUUGACUUUUAUUGGUUAGGUUACCAUUGGUACAUUCACUGAAUUCUCUUAUUAACUAUGAUUUGUUAUUUUGAUUGUUUAUGAUGAUGUCUCGAAGAGGGUGAUACCGACCUUUAUGUGACUGGCCGUGAAUGCGAAAGAGUGUGUGUGUGUGUGUGUGUGUGUGUGUGCGUGCGUGCGUGCGUGCGUGCGUGUGUGUGUGUGUGUGUGUGUGUGUGUGUGUGUGUGUGUGU